AUGGCGAAUAACGCCCUCAUUCCCUUCCUGGUCACGAUGAUGCUCGUGACCGGGGUGUGCAACACCAUUCUCAACAAAUACCAGGUCAGCCCCCAGACACCAAGAUUGGCCAGCAAAAUGAAAGAGAUCAGAGCUAAUCUAUUUGUUUGGAAUAUAGGACAUGCAAUGGCGCAGAUGUUUAUCGGAGAAAUGGGCUGCUGGCUAGUCGUUGCUCUGACUUUCCUCUACAACCAAUAUGUCGCCCCUAGACUAUCAAGUGGUCCUUCCCCGCUUCUAGCUGGUGGAUACCACCCGAUCAACGGCGAAGCCAACGACGAUGAUCCUACAGACGAGCUAGAUGAUGACACACACAAGCCCAUCGACGACCGUAUCAAACUGCGCGGAUGGAGAAUCCUACUACUUGCCGCCCCAUCCAGUUGCGAUAUCGCCGGCACAACUCUCAUGAACGUAGGCCUUCUCUUCGUGGCAGCGAGUAUCUACCAGAUGACCCGCGGUGCGCUCGUCCUCUUCGUUGGUCUAUUCAGUGUUCUAUUCCUGCGCCGCAAGCUCUACCUAUACCAAUGGAGCGCGCUAUUUGUCGUUGUCCUCGGCGUUGCAGUCGUCGGUCUCUCGGGUGCUUUGUUCAGCGGUGAUUCCGGACACGAUAUCACGCAGAAUGCCCAGCGUGCCGUGCUCCAUGCGCGUGCUGUGGCACGCACCCCUGAAGCUGUGCAGACUGUCAUUGGUGUUUUGCUCAUUGCUGCUGCGCAGAUCUUCACGGCCUCGCAGUUCGUGCUUGAGGAGUGGAUCCUGGAGAAUUAUGCCAUGGAUCCUAUCCAAGUCGUUGGCUGGGAAGGUGUCUUUGGCUUCUCGGUUACUUUAAUUGGUAUGGUGAUCAUGUACAUCGUAGUUGGAAGCACUGAUGCUGGCCGCUAUGGGUACUUUGAUAUCAAGGAGGGCUGGAGUGAGGUUAUUCACAACCGCGCUAUUGCCGUGUCAAGUGUGUUGAUCAUGAUCAGCAUCGGUGGCUUCAACUUCUUUGGUUUGUCUGUCACCCGUACUGUCUCUGCUACAUCUCGUAGCACGAUUGAUACUUGCCGAACUCUUUUCAUCUGGCUGGUUUCGCUCGGUCUGGGCUGGGAGUCGUUCAAGUGGCUCCAGGUAGCUGGCUUCGCGCUGCUUGUCUACGGAACCUUCCUGUUCAAUGACAUUGUUCGCCCCCCUCUCAAGGCAUGCUUGCCUAGCGAGCAUAGGGAGGGUGAGGUUCUGCUCCCUGAAGAUCCCAUCGAGCAUAUUUGA